UUGGAGAGGAAAUACCAGCAGCCUCCGUAGAAGUCAAAUUUUUGUUAAAUUUUUAUGGAUAAAGUUUGUGUUCCUUAUCAGAAACAUGGCUAAAGUCAACAUAAGCAACGUAGUUGUUUUAGAUAACCCAUCUCCUUUCCUGAAUCCAUUCCAAUUUGAAAUUACCUUUGAGUGUUCGGAAGAUCUUCCCGAGGAUCUUGAAUGGAAGAUCAUCUAUGUGGGUUGUGCAGAGAGUAUGGACUAUGACCAGGUCUUGGACUCUGUUCUUGUAGGGCCUGUACCUGGGGGACGUCAUAUGUUUGUUUUUCAGGCACGGUCACCUGACAUUAGCAAAAUCCCAAACGAAGAAGUUGUCGGUGUCACCGUAGUUUUACUGACCUGCUCAUACAGAAACAAGGAAUUUAUCCGAGUCGGCUAUUACCUUAACAACGAAUAUGCCGACCCUGAAUUAAAGGAGUCUCCUCCAGCUGUCCCUGUUUAUGAAAAAUUACAAAGAAAUAUUCUUGCCACAAAUCCAAGAGUGACACGGUUUAAGAUAGAUUGGGAUGGUAACCUAGGAGACGAGAACUGCCCACCAUCUCAAAAUACAGAGUCAGAGUCAAACCAGAUGAUAGAGAGGGGACCUGUGCCAGAAAACAUCAAGGCUGCAUUAACGGGCGACAGUAACAGCUUUAACAUGGAGGUGGGCAUGUGAGGUGGCAGCCAUAUAUACUACACUAGUCCUGUCCCACACGUGAACAGGGGUGUGACCAGAUAAGGGGCCUCACCUAGGACUAUUCCCUUUCAUUUACUUGCUCAGUGAAGGAGAAACUGGUGGAAACAGUUUGAAGAGGGCAAACACAGCAAUGGCAUUGUGCUGAGGUUCUGUGUAGACUACAAACAGAACACCUAUCCACCAGCAACAUAUUGUGCAGUGAAGAUCUGCUGGUGAAGCUUCAGGCUGGGAAGUUGUAUGUCGUUCAAUGGCAGGAUGACUGCUCAAAGAUGAAAACUGAAAUAAAUGAUUCUUCUAUCAUGUAGUGCUGAAAUGGUUACUGACAAAAAGCAGCAAGUUGGAGGCAGGUGAUGUAUGAGCUUAUGGGGAUACACAGAUUUUAGUCUACCUCAGAAAUUGUCUCCCUCUGUCAGUCACAGAUGCUGACACAAACUCUUAUGCCAUUUGAUUGAUGUCAUAGUGCUAUUAGGCAAGUUCAUUUCUUAUUGUAUUGUGCCCGUAUCUGCAUGUAAAGCAAACUAGGGAAUUCACUUCUCAGAGUAAAUUGUCUUGCUUAUGUCAUUGUGUGGUAAAUUUUGAAAUACGAAAGGUGUGAUCGAAGUA